AUGGCGCCACGCCUAGCCGACAAGAUCCUCCAAGUGUUUAACGUCCGUGCCGACGCGUACGACUUUCUCGUCGACCUCUUAGAGCACCGCGCAGCAUCUCCGCAUGACUUGAAGGCCAUCGUUGACCAGCGCUUGGUCGCUAGGGAAGAACUGCAGCAUCAUCGGGUUGGUCGCUCUCAAAACAGCAAUAGCACCUCCCAAGCACCCCCCACUGCAGAGAAUAAACACGACCUAGCCGGCUUCCGAUGGGAGGCUACCGACCGUCUUAUAAAGCGAGCUAGAUCUCUCGCCAGGGAAGCUGCCGAUGUCUUGGUUCUGGGCCCUCACAAAGUAGAAGGUCAAAAGAAGGGUAAAAUUACCAAGGCAGCCAAGCGCAAAGCUGAUACUACUGAGUCGCACUACUGGUGUCAAAUUGGCGUCGAUGCGGACGACGUCUUUGCUCCGUCGAAAAGAUUACGAAUGGAGGAUGAGGCCAGAAGGUUCAUCUCGCAGCUCAAAUUACCUGUAUCGGGUCUUCAACCCUCCUGCGUUUACCCAGGGGAACCCAACGAAGCGCAGCCGUCCAGUGUUCACAGCGAUGCCGGCACGUCACCUUACUUUGCAACGCCAACAAAGGCGCCACAGCCCGUCCCCCAGCGUCCCAGUCCUGGAACUGUGUCUUGUAUCCCUUUCCCUCCUCUCAGCGCAGAAUCAUUUGGCAUUAUCCAGGAGCAGGUGGCCCAUGACCCUUUUUGGCUGCUCAUUGUCGUCACCUUUCUCAUCAAGACAAAGGGCCUGUAUGCAAUCCCGACUUUUCUGCGCGUCAGAGAGCGCUUCCCGGUGCCGUGCGACAUUGCCAACCCUGAAAAUGCGGCGGAGAUACUGAGCAUGAUCCGGCACCUUGGACUCGGUCAAAACCGGCUCACUUGGAUGCAAAAGUACGCGCGGCACUUCAUGUUCAGCCCGCCGCGGCCGGGCGUGCGCCACGCUGUGCGCCGGUACGACUCGGGUGAAGUCAGUCACGAUGCGGAGGGCCGCUCCAGCGUAUGCGCCGAGGACGCCGCCGCGUACGGUUGGGAGAUUGGGCACAUGACGCAGGGCGCGUACGCCAUUGACAGCUGGCGCAUCUUUUGUCGAGACGUGCUGCUAGGGAAGGCCAAGGACUGGAACGGCAAGGGUGCCCAGGGUGAGUUCCAGCCAGAGUGGAUGAGAGUCUUGCCAGCGGAUAAGGAGCUCCGGGCUUUUCUACGAUGGAUGUGGAUGCGCGAGGGCUGGGAGUGGGAUCCGGCGACGGGGGACCGCGCGGUGCUGCGGGAAGAGAUGUACCGGGCGGUUGAGGAAAGCCGAGUCGAGUAUGACAUUUACGGAGGGCUGCAGAUUCUUGACGAGAAGUGA